CCCUUCAGUCUUGCACAGGUGUACUGGCUCCUCCCCUUCAGUCUUUCACAGGUGUACCGACUCCUGCCCUUCAGUCUUGCACAGUUGUACCGGCUCCUCCCCUUCAAUCUUGCACAGGUGUACCGGCUCCUCCCCCCUCCAGUCUUGCACAGGUGUACCGACUCCUCCCCUUCAGUGUACCGGCUCCUCCCCUUCAGUCUUGCACAGGUGUACUGGCUCCUCCCCUUCAGUCUUGCACAGGUGUACCGGCUCCUCCCCUUCAGUCUUGCACAGGUGUACCUGCUCCUCCCCUUCAGUCUUGCACAGGUGUACCGGCUCCUCCCCUCCAGUCUUGCCCAGUUGUACCGGCUCCUCUCCUGGACUGAAACGGCUUCCUCUGAUUUCACUGCACACUGUGAGCUUCUCACCAUGUGC